AUGGUGCAACAGCUGCUUUCUGAUAUCCGGAUUGUCGGUGCUUUACUGGAAGACGGGACGCAUGUGACCGUCAACGCGGCGAUCUCCGUUUCUGGCAAGUUCCGCACCUGGGAGGCCUCGUCGGAGCUGCUCCGAAGCCUGCGGCGCUCGCAGGAUCGGGCCACGGCCGUUUCGAUUGGAGCAGCAAUUGGGUCCUUGCGCGUGCCAGGUGGCUGGCCGCGUGCACUGAAGCUUCUUGAAGGCCUUCAGGCCGCCGCCCUGAGGCCCAUGACGAGCACUGUGAACAGCGCGGUGGCGGCGGUAGGCCCCGCUGGCUGGCGCUGGGCCCUUCAGCUUUUGGGCCUCCAUGGCCAGAGCAAAGACAAUCUCGGCAUGGCGGCAGCAGCGACAGCAAUCGCCGCGGAUCUAAAGCCGGUCUGCGACGUUGCGGAGGAGGAAGGUGCGGUGGCGGCUUUGAAGUCAGUGGUCCUCGAGCUCGCGGGAAGCGCGGAGGCUCCAGGUGUGAUCGCAGAUGCCGUGAAAGGCUUAGGGCGUGCUGGCCGAUGGCGGAUGGCCGUCGGUUUGCUGUUAGAGGUCGGCGAGGCAUCUUCCCGGUCGCGGACAAAGUUGGGCCGUACCUGGAGAGGAGCCGACCUCGCUGCGCUUCUCUGGAGCCAGGCAACCUACUCGACCGAGGCCUCGCAGCGGCCGGGCUCCUGGCUGCUUCCCAAGGAGCUGAGCCCAGAGGAUGCCGUGCAGCAGCUCAUUCCAAUCUGA